UAUAGGCGCCUAAACUUAUCCACGAAGUUUGAGCUUCUUAGUUAUAAAGAAAAUGAGUUGAAAAGAUGACAUGCUCAUCUUGUUCCCUAAUUCAGAAAGCAAGUUGCUCAACUUCACUUAAAAGUAUUAACCUCCAAAGCAUCUAUAAGUGUAGUAAGAUCUUGAGGUAUAAGGCUUUCCAGCUCUAAGGAUCGGAACCUCUGUGAAGUCUUUUAGGGUCAAAUAGGGAUGUCUUUGUGACACAAAUAUUGCAGAGACUUGGGAACUUUUUGAUGAAUCUUGUGGAUCAAAAAUCCAGAGAGAAGCCCAGAAAGCUGCAUGCUUUUCCCAUUGUCUGCUCAUUUUCUCAACUGGGUGGAGCAUAUGAGUGAAACAAGUUGAAACUUCAGAGCCUGGGAAAACACAAAUACUGCUUCGAGCAAUCAUGAAGAACAGUUGUCUUCCUAAAUGUGGAUUCAAAAGGGUAAUGGCUUGGUUUCAGAUCAUGUUGGGCGGGCUUGUCAUCUUCGUGAGCUUGCUGAGCCUCUUUAGCUUCUACAAGGCUGGGUUUUUCUUGCGCAAUGAGGACAUAUGCCACCAUUUCUACGGAAUGAAGGAUUUCCACGGCGGUUUCGACCUGAAAGCUCUCUCGGAUAGAGUCGACGAAGUGCUCAUUAAGUUGGACAGCUUGCAAGACAAGCUCGAAUCCAAGGUGCAACAGAUGGAGAAGAAUAAAGAUGCUUUGGCUAAUUCUAACAUUACAAAGAUGGAGUACAAGAAGUACUUGGAAGAUGAGGUGAUUAGGCCUCUUUACAGUGCUCAUAUCGCUCUGAGACAGAUCCGGCUACCAAAGAGCGAAGGGAUAAGAAAUAGUACUUUCAAGGAGGAGCCUUUGAUCAACACGUUCAUAAUUGAGGAGAUCCGGAAAUACAUAAGCCCAAAGGAGAACAGAGUAGGGAAGGUCAAUAUAUAUGGAAGCGAGAGAGUACACAACACGAUCGGUCAUGCUUGUGUGCUAUACGAGAAGGAACUGGAGGAAUAUAUGGACUAUGACAUUGGUUCUUACUGCAAGGAUGACUGGAACAUGGCGCAGAAGCUCAUGAUCCAUGGCUGCGAUCCUCUCCCACGUAGAAGGUGCUUGACCCGGGCCUCGAAGGUCUACCAAAAGCCGUACCCCAUCAAUGAGUCCUUGUGGAGAAUGCCUGACCAUAGAAACGUGAGGUGGAGUAAUUACCGGUGCAGGAACUUUGAAUGCCUAUCUAGCAAGAACCCACAGCGUGGCUAUUCUAAGUGCGCUGGCUGUUUUGAAAUGGAGAAAGAGAAGCUGAAAUGGGUCACUAACACCGCUCUUACGGCGGAUUUUCUUAUUAGUGACAUCUUAGCAAUUAAGCCCGGAGAAAUACGGAUUGGAUUGGACUUUGGUGUUGGCACGGGAACUUUCGCUGCAAGAAUGAGAGAAAAUAAUGUAACAAUUAUUACGACUGCGCUGAAUCUCGGGGCUCCAUUCAGUGAAAUGAUUGCCUUAAGGGGCCUGGUUCCUCUGUACAUCACGCUGAACCAGAGGCUACCCUUUUUCGACAACACGAUGGACUUGAUUCACACGACAGGGUUCUUGGAUGGGUGGAUCGAUCUAAUGCUGAUGGACUUCAUAAUGUUCGACUGGGAUCGGGUGUUGAGGCCAGGAGGAUUAUUGUGGAUCGAUCGAUUUUUUUGCAACAGAAAAGAUCUGGAUGACUACAUGUACAUGUUUCUGCAGUUCAGAUACAAGAAACACAAAUGGGCAAUUUCUCCCAAGUCGGAUGAUGAGGUGUAUCUUUCUGCAGUAUUGGAGAAACCUCCAAGAGCUAUAUAAAUUAUAUCUGUUGGUUAAUUUACACUUUGAUGGAUCAUAGAUUUGAUUCGCAAAUCAAGAUGUGUGAGUGCGUGCCCUCUUUUAUUACCUAUUUGAGUUUGCAAAGUCAGUACUGAUUGUUGCAGGUGAUGGCUUUGAAGGGAAAUGUUAGCAUAUCUGAAUUCUAACUUUCAAGAAUGUCGCAUGAUGAGUGAACAUGCAUUUGCUAUGCUUCU